GGAUAAGAUCUCCAGAGAUCUCUAACGCAGCUUGCGGUUGAAAAUCGGUUCAGUGCUCGGUGGAGAUUUGAAUCAUACACUUGUGUGUGCUCGCUUCUAAAUCGAAUUAAAUUAUCCUGAAGCCGAAACUCAAAGAUCUAGUGAGCGUUGCGUGUGCAGUGUUAAACUAAUGCGAAAGUAAUCAAAGCCGAAUGCAUUAAAGCGACGCGGCUGGAAGUCAAUAAAAAUAAACUACAUAAAAGCAACUUGCGGUCCCGGAAAUAAUGUCAACCACUGCCGAUCCCGUGGCGUUGGGGGUAAACUCCCCCGUGGAGGAGGCCUUGUUGGCCAAAACCACCACAACGGUGGCGAAUGCGAUUGCGAAGACAGUGGCUGUAAUUAGCAGUACGGUCUCUAGUAGCUCCACAACUGGCGCCACACCCACGCCCACACCCACUUCUACUUUCACUUCCACGACCACGACCACGACCACUACCACGCCCACUCCCAUCCAAUCACUAACCCCCACUUUGGAGGAUGCUGGAGAGGAGAAGCUCAGCGUGAAGGAUUUGAGCCAGGCCCUGCAGCAUUUCGGCAUUGUUGAUUACUUGGUCUUCAUCGCCAUGUUGGCGGUCUGCGCCGUUAUCGGCUUCUAUUUCGGCUUUAUCGAAAAGAAGCAGAAGCAGCAGAAGCUUGCCGACAAGGACGGCGGGGGGGCGGCGGGCGUCGAGGAGAGGCGUGGCUCGGAGGCGUUGGACUACCUGGUGGGCGGACGCCAAAUGAAAGUGUUUCCGGUCGCGCUGUCACUUGUGGCCAGCUUCGUGUCUGGAAUUUCGCUGCUGGGAACUUCGACGGAAAUCUAUGUAUACGGGACGCAGUACGCCUUCAUCCUGGUUACUCUGGCCAUCUCGGGAACCAUUUCGUGGUACAUCUUCCUGCCCGUUUUCUGCAAUCUCCAGCUGACUUCCACCUAUGAGUACUUCGAGUUGCGCUUUAACAAAUCGGUUCGUCUGCUGGGCUCUGCCUUCUUCACAGGUGCAAAUCUGAUCUGGCUGCCAAUUGUCAUCUAUGUCCCAGCUUUGGCCUUUAAUCAAGUUACCGGCAUAAAUAUACAUAUCAUCACGCCAAUCGUUUGCUUGGUCUGCAUUUUCUACACAACUGCCGGGGGGCUGAAGGCCGUUGUCUGGACAGAUGUGAUCCAAACCGUCAUUAUGAUAGGCGCGGUGGUCCUUGUCAUCAUCAAGGGCACCGUCGAUGUGGGUGGACUGGGCGAGGUGAUUCGGAGGAAUUUCGAAAGUGGACGCAUCGAGUGGCCUGAAUUCACGUUCGAUCCCAAAGUUCGUAUGUCCUUUUUGGCCUUGAUGGUGGGCUGUGUUGGCCACAAUACUUACCAGUUCGGCUGCAAUCAGAUGAUGACCCAGCGAUACAUGUCUCUGCCUGGUGUAAAAGAAAUGGCCCACACAUCAUUCAUUUUCAUUUCCGGAUUGAUACUUUUGUUUGGACUUUGCAUUUAUAACGGUCUCCUGCUUUACGCAACUUACUACGAUUGCGAUCCAUUGACCACAAAGUUGGCAGCGGCCAAGGAUCAGUUAGUUCCCCUGCUCGUGGUCCAAACCAUGAGCUCUUAUCCAGGAAUUUCUGGCAUGUUUGUUGCCGGAGUGUUUAGUGCCGCCCUCAGUUCCCUGUCUACGGGCAUGAAUUCCCUGGCCGCAGUUUUCCUAGAGGACUACAUUAGGCCCCUGAUGAGGAAGCCCCUUACGGAGCACCAAACCGCUGUCACCAUGCGUGUCUGCACGGUGCUCAUUGGAAUCGUAAGUGUGGCUCUGGUCUUCGUAGUCGAACGUAUGGGCUCCCAUGUCAUGCAGCUGGCCAUUACCAUUGGUUCAGUGGUCCAGGGUCCGCUCCUUGGCCUCUUUUCGAUGGGCCUGCUUUGUCCCAGUAUCAACUCAAAAAGCGCCAUUACGGGAUCCCUUGUUGCAUUUUUCUUCAUGGGCUGGCUAAGUCUUUCGGCUCAAGUUGCCAUUAACUCUGGGGAAAUAUAUUCCGAGACAAAACCUGUCAGCAUCGAUGGCUGUGACUAUGAGUUCGACCGUUCCUUGGUGUCACCAACAAAUGGGACCCUUCUUAGUGGAGAAUCUGCGACUCUCAGUUUUGCCGAGCAGCUGUACCACAUAUCCUUCAUGUUCUACACGGUCAUGGGGGGUACAGUGGGUGUGAUAGUCGGACAUCUGGCUGGCUUCAUAUUUGGCCGCAAUAAACCCGAUGACGUUGAAGAUGAGUUGCUUUCGCCCUGCAUGCGCAGAUUCAGGAAGUCCAUGUAUUCCAGUGUUAGCCUGAACGAGAACUCUAUUAAGAGUCCCGAUGAGAAAUCAUUAACUGGAAUAAAUAUACAUGUCAUCACGCCAAUUGUGUGCCUCGUCUGCAUAUUCUACACAACUGCCGGAGGUCUGAAGGCCGUUGUCUGGACAGAUGUGAUUCAAACCGUCAUUAUGGUGGGAGCCAUUCUCUUCGUCAUCGUCAAGGGUACCAUGGAUUUGGGCGGUCUGGGCGUGGUUAUUCAGCGGAAUUUCGACAGCGGACGCAUCGAGUGGCCUGAAUUCACGCUCGAUCCCAAGGUGCGAAUGUCCAUGCUGGCGAUGAUGGUGGGUAACCUGGGACACAACUCCUACAAUCUGGGCUGCAACCAGAUUAUCACCCAGCGAUACCUAUCCCUGCCCGGAAUCAAGGAGAUGGCCCAGUGCUCAUUCCUCUUCAUACUUGGAUUGGUUGCCCUAAUGGCCAUUUGUAUGUACAACGGUCUCCUGCUCUCCGCAACUUACUACGACUGCGAUCCCUUGACCACAAAGUUGGCGGUGGCCAAGGAUCAGUUGGUUCCCCUGCUUGUGGUCCAAUCCAUGAGUUCGUUUCCCGGUGUUCCCGGCAUGUUUGUGGCCGGAGUGUUUAGUGCCGCGCUCAGUUCCCUUUCUACGGGCAUGAACUCACUGGCUGCAGUUUUCCUGGAGGAUUACAUUAGGCCUCUAAGGAAGAAACCCCUCACCGAGCACGAAACCGCUGUCACCAUGCGUGUCUGCACUGUGCUGAUUGGAGUCGUGAGUGUGGCUCUGGUCUUUGUGGUCGAACAAAUGGGCUCCCAUGUGAUGCAGCUUUCCAUGACCGUGGGAUCGGUGGCCCAGGGGCCACUCCUGGGUCUCUUUGUAAUGGGCUUGCUGUGCCCAAGCAUCAAAUCAAAAAGUGCUAUAGUGGGAUCUCUUUGCUCGUUUUUCUUUAUGGGAUGGCUCUGCAUAUCGGCACAAUUGGCCAUCAACUCAGGUGAAAUGCAUUUCGAGAGCAAGCCAGUAAGCGUAGAAGGCUGUGAUUACGAGUUCGAAUUGCCCUUAGUGACUCCUGCCAAUGCUACAAUUUUCAUGGAAGAAACUGAAUCCCUCAGUUUUGCCCAACAGCUGUACCAUGUCUCCUUCAUGUUCUACAGCGUUAUGGGUGCCUUUGUGGGCGUGACCACCGCCCAUUUGGCUGGCUUUGUCUUUGGCCGAAAUAAGGCCGAUGAUUACUUCCAAUUGCGCUAUGGUGCUGGCAUACGCAACUUGGGUUCGGUCCUCUUCAUAUUGGGAACGAUGCUCUGGCUUCCUGUGGCCUUAUAUGUACCGGCCAUCACCUACAAUCAGGUCACUGGUACUGGCAUCCAUGUAAUUACGCCCAUUGUCUGCACUAUUUGCACUUUCUACACGUGUGUGGGAGGACUGAAGGCUGUCAUCUGGACAGAUGUCAUUCAGAGCUUCGUGAUGUUUGGUUCCAUUUUGGCGGUCUGCAUUAAGGGCACCUUCGAUGUGGGCGGGCUGGGCGUGGUUCUGGACCGCAACGUCAGUGGCGGACGUCUUAAUGUCCCAGAGUGGACAUGGGAUCCCACAGUGCGGCUGUCGAUGUUGUCUGUGAUUCUGGGCGGCACUCUGCACAAGAUCCAGUCCUCGGAUGUGAAUCAGGUGUCUAUUCAGCGAUUCCUAUCUCUGCCAAGUUACGACCAAGCCAAGCGUUGUAUGCUGGUUUUCACACUCUUAUUAAUAUUCCUACUCAGUUGCUGCAGUUAUAUGGGUCUGGUGUCCUAUGCCGUUUACCACGACUGUGAUCCUAUAAGUACUAAGUUAGCUGCUGCCGUUGACCAACUGCCUUCCCUGCUUAUGAUGCGAACUCUGGGUUCUCUACCUGGUUUGCCGGGACUAUUUGUGUCUGGGGUUUUCAGUGCCGCCCUGAGCUCCCUGUCCACGGGUCUAAACUCCCUGGCCUGUGUGAUUACUCAGGAUAUCGUACGACCCUUGCUGAAAAAACCGAUGACGGAGCGCCAGACGGCUUUUUGGUUGCGCGCAAUCGUCGUUGUUUGCGGAUUCUCCUGCCUUGGAAUGGUCAACGUCGUGGAGAAGUUGGGACAAGUGGUUCCAUUGGCCACCAGCACAGCGGCAGUUUCGAUGGGACCGCUUUUGGGCAUUUAUUGUAUGGGCGUAGGCCUGCCAUGGAUUAAAGGAAAGAGCGUCUUAAUUGGCAGUCUGGUGUCCUUUUUGGUGGUGGCCUGGAUAUGUGUCAAGGCGCAAUUGGCUCAAAUGAAUGGUGAAAUUCGCUAUCCCAAACUACCCAUUUCAGUUGAUGGUUGUGACUAUGCCUUUGAUAACCAUACAGUCUAUGAGACUAUCCACGGGUACAGACCCUCGGAGAGAAACCUUUACCAUUUGUCGUUCCUUUGGUAUACGGCUCUGGGCGGUGUAAUUUGUACUGCGGUCGCGGUAUUAGCUGGAUUUAUUUUCGGCUGGGAGGAUCUCAAUAAAAUGGAUCCGGCCCUAAUUACGCCCUGUAUGCGACGCUUUUUGCCCAAAAAAAACUAUCAGGCUGUUAAUAUGCAGGAUCUCUUUAAGCGGAAGGUCGAAAUUGAGACCAAAAGUGCUUCUUAAGCAUUGCCAAUAAACCUGUGCUUUCUGUUGUGCCAAAA